CGGAAAAGGAGGGAGCGAGCGUGGCGACGGAGCGAGACGGACGUCCGCGCAGCAGAAGACGUGGCCAUUUUUCUCCUGACAUUGCCGUAAAGCUGCGGCGGCUCGGCGGUGCUCGUUUGGGGGAUAUCUCUCUCUCUCUCUCUCGAGGGUGGACCGUGCCGACGACGAGGACGAGGAGGAGGAGGAAGAGGAAGGAGCGUCGACGAGAGUCGGCGUAGGAGACUACGGGCGGUAACCGUAGAGUAGUUCUGAGUGGAGUGCGCAUUUAAAGAGAUAAAAGCCGUGUGCGAGAUAACGAUAAGAGCAGCGAGCAAACGUCAGUGAUAGGUCGUGAUUGUUCUCUCUCGACGACGGCGGCGGCGGCGGUGGAGGAGGAGGAGGAGGAGGUGUGGUGUGACGGGUGCUCUCGCGCGAACGAUUCGAACUGCGAUCGCCAGUCGCGCACGGUCGAGUGAAAAGGUAGUCGGGUCGCGGUUGACGCGGUGCUGAGGCUUGACGACAACGGGGUGACCGUCGGGAAGAGUCAGAGUGACGACGCUGUGACAACAGCGACGGGUAGGACGAGCAACACGACGACCACGACAACAACGAGGACGUGGGGGAGGAGGAGGACGACGUGGACGGUGAUAAGCGAGAAGAGAACGAGGACGUCGAGGAAAAAGAAGAAGACGACGGCGGCAGCAGCGAUCGAGAGGAGCGCGACAGUCGUGAUACGACGCUCUCGUAUACGACGGUCGACCAUCGCCACCACCUAGACGUCCGACAUCGACGUACAUCACCGUCCGUUCGUCUCCCCGUAGGAGGCCCUCGCGACGAGGGCAUCGUGUUCGUCGUUGGUACCGUAGCGGUGCACACACAGUCACGCGCCACCGCCGUACAUCAGCGCCGCGGGAUGGAGAGGCGAGCCGCUUUUGUGCUGCUGGGGAUGCUAUAUUUAGCGGGCACCCUCGUCACGGUCCAGGCAGUGACGUAUGUGGGGCCGACGGUCGUGCACGAGGGUCAACCUUGGAGUAUCGAGUGCAACGACUUGGUGAAGGAUGAUCUCAUUAGAUGGACCAGGAACGGUCAGACGUUGGAACCUGAACUAUCCAGCGGUCAGCUAUUCGUUUCCUCGCAGGCUGGCACCGGCAGCAGUAAGCUUUCGGCGACCCGAGCUAUGGAGGACCACGAUGGAGAUUACAAAUGCACAACCGACAGUGCGGACUCCUUCCACCUCUCGAUAUACUUCGAUAUUAAGAUUAGAGUACUUACACCCAGGGACAUACCUUUGGCGCUCGAAUGCACAAACAGAAGCGCCGGAGAUAAAGUGCAAUGGCUGAAGGAGAAGGAACCGGUGGUUAUGACGCUGGGCGGCAAUGAGGAUAUCCUCAAGAUUGAUAACGAGACCGGCACUUUGGAAAUUUUAAAGGAGGUCGAAGAGGCUUAUGGAAAUUACACUUGCAAAAUCGCCAACUCCACAACCGACUACAGAGUCGUACCGAGGCCAGUCGCACAUUUGGCGGAGUCUAUCAGCGUGGUGGAGGGCGAGAAGCUGCACUUGGUGUGCGGCGGGAAACAGAGCCCUGGUAUCAAGAUAACCUGGACUUUCGGCGAUCAGAAUUACACACGCAGCAAAGACCGCGUGAAGAUCACCAAGGACCAGGACAGGGGUAUCUACGGCGCCGUCCUAACUGUCGACAAUAUCGAGAUGAGCGAUCGCGGUAACGUUAUCUGCAGGGUGUCGUACAACUGGUCCGAUCCCGUUCCGGAACAUUCGUCAGAGGCCGAGACAUUCCUCAGGGUCAAGGACAAGCUCGCCGCGCUCUGGCCCUUCUUGGGCAUUUGCGCGGAGGUCGUCGUUCUCUGCGCCAUCAUCUUAGUUUACGAGAAGAAGCGGAACAAAGCCGAACUGGAGGAAUCCGACACCGAUCAGAGUCCCGAUACCAAGCCAACGCCCAACAAGGAGUCCGAUGUCAGGCAGAGGAAGUGAAACAACAAAUAGAUGAAUAAGAACGAGAUGCGAUAGAAACGACAAGGAGAGGUCGUCGUGUGUCAUAGAGUGCUUAACGGAGAUUCGCAGCAAAGACAACGGGAUGCGGCUUUGAAUGGGGAAUAGAGAUCGUCUAAAUGUGGAAUAAACACUGAAGGAAAAUGGACAGUAAGCUCGAACGGGCCAUUUAUAGUGCACACCUGCGUGGACAUGGGCUUGUGCAAACGCAUGGCAGGAUCACAAGUUACUAACAAAUUAAAUUAAGCCUUAUUAUGGUGUUCACUCCAUUUAUCAGAUGUUCGCCUGUUCGUAUUCUUUAACUACACUGCUUUGACCGACGGAGAGGUGUGUUGACACAAGAAUUAUGUACAAGUGCCGAUGACGCGAGUAUGUAUGUGUGUGUGUGCCAGGAACGGAGGGUGGCAGUGGGCGAGAGAGGGAGAGAGAAAGAGAGAAAAAGUAAUGCAUGUAUGAGUGAAAAAAAGCUAACAAGAAAACAGAUCGAUAGAUCGAAGAAGCAGCAAGUAAUACGGCGUGUCCGUCGAUUGCGAAUAUGCGCGCACAAUUAUAUAUAUAUAUAUAUAUAUAUAUAAAAUAAAUAAAAUUUCCCACGAAAUGCUUGGAGAGGAAUUUGCAGUAUCACAAAUCUUGGUCGCGCGUUCACUCGCCGCAUUACAUCGCCCCGAUCUCGCGCAGUACUCACGCUCGCGUUCGACGGACACGCCAUGGGAAUUAGAUUCGCGUAGAACUCGUUUCUCAAAUCGCACGUGUGACCGAAGAAAAAUAAACUUUAUGGUAGGGCCGAAAAUAUGUGCUCGAUACUAGUUAUGUAAUAAAUAGGAACGCGGGCAGUGCGUGCCACAUUUGGCUUCCGGAUAUGCUCGCGCACUCUUCAAGAUUAUGUGAGAAAGGGAGAGAAAGAAGGAAAGAGAGAGAGAGAGAAAGGGGAAAACAGAGAGAGAGAGAGAGAAAGCGAGGGAGGAAGAAAGAGAGAGAGAGAGAGAGAAAAUCUUUGGCGUCGCCUUAUUACGAUAUAUUCCAUCGCUCGUGGAGAUAUCCCGGAAGUCUGGCUGCACGCGACGCCGUUGUUAACGACAUUAAUGUAAUUAAUACUGUAAUAUUAUUGCCAUCGUUACUACUGCUGCUACUACUAUCGUUAUUAUGAUUAUUACAAGUAUUAUAUCGUUAAUUUUA